CAACGCAGCGCGGUAAAGCCAUAACUGCUAAUUCUCUUCUGCGGCUUACACACUGACACUUUUGCAGGCGACCAAGCAAAAGGAUAUAUAGCUAAGGACACUAAAGGACUGAAAGCUAGUGAAGAUAUAUAUUUAUAUUUAAUAAAGUGUGAAGUGAGAUUGAGUAAACAGAGUGUUGAAGGCGAGCUAAAUAAGAAUUAUUCGGAAGAAAAUUUGAAAUAAAUAAUUAAGCGAAAGAAGGGGGACAAACAAAUAAUAAUAAAUAUCAAAGUGAAAGUGAGUGAACUGAUAUUGUAAAAUUUUAGCCAGCAACUGUGCCUGUGUCUGAUUUUUGCCAACGCUUGAAACUGUUGUGUUUUUUUAUAUUUAUUUUUAAAUAAAAAGUAAUCCUCUUUCAUGCAAAUCAAAUACAAGUUACAAGCUUAUAGGCUUACGAGCCAAUUGUGAAAAAUACAUGUACAUAUAUGCAUGUACGAGUUUGUAUGUACGUGUAAGCUAUAAGUGAAAAAGUUAUUGUUACCACGUUAUUUCUGCGAAUUUUGUGGCACCCAAAAGUGUACAAGUUGGAAUAAAUUGUAUGUGGAUUUGAUUUCUAGCAAGAUGUCGACAUGAUCUCCAGCCAGUGCAACGCUUAAGAUGUUUGAGCCAUUAUGACAAAUGCUACGUAGAAACUAUCAAACUUGCAAGUCCCCUAGUAUCUUCCCUAAUUGAAUAUUUCACAUUAAAAUUCUUGAGCGCAUAAAAACAACGAAUAUAUAGAACAGAAAUUUAUCAAAAGUUCGGAGUUAAUAUUUAAUUCUUCCGAAAAAUUAUACCUAUUUUAUAAAGUCGAAAGGUCUUCUAUAUAACCCGACGUUAAGCGAACUCCGUGUUGUGAAUCUAAACCGUCAGCAGCACCGCCACCACAAUGGGUAAAAAGAGUUCAAAAUUGAAACAAGACACCAUCGAUCGUCUAACGACAGACACAUAUUUCACAGAAAAAGAAAUUCGACAAUGGCACAAAGGAUUCCUGAAAGACUGUCCAAAUGGUUUACUCACAGAGCAAGGUUUUAUUAAAAUCUACAAACAAUUCUUCCCGCAAGGAGAUCCCAGUAAAUUUGCUUCGCUGGUGUUUCGAGUUUUCGACGAGAAUAAUGAUGGUUCAAUAGAAUUUGAGGAAUUCAUACGCGCCCUAUCCGUGACAUCGAAGGGAAACUUGGAUGAAAAAUUACAAUGGGCCUUCCGGUUGUACGAUGUUGACAAUGACGGUUACAUAACUCGCGAGGAAAUGUACAAUAUUGUGGAUGCCAUAUAUCAGAUGGUGGGCCAACAACCGCAAUCGGAGGAUGAGAAUACGCCGCAGAAACGUGUUGACAAAAUUUUCGAUCAAAUGGAUAAGAAUCAUGAUGGUAAAUUAACAUUAGAAGAAUUUCGUGAGGGUAGUAAAGCUGAUCCACGUAUAGUUCAGGCGUUAAGUUUAGGUGGUGGUUAAGACAAUUAAAGUAAACGAACGAACGCAAACGAACAGUAAACCUACAUUAAAAUUAAUAGCAUGCAUACUUAUACAUAACAAAAAAAAAAGGACUUUUUAGGACGAGGACAGCGACAGC